GAGUGGGCGACCUCAUAUAGCUUGCGCGGGAGGCGUUUCCUUUAUUUGUUGGUUGUACGCUGCGUGAUAGUGACGUGUGACCGCAGGACAUCAUGCGUACAUUACUGAUAUGUAUGCUGUGUGCCAUCACAGCUUAUGCUCAAAAUGAAGGACCUGCUCCACCGAGAUUGCAGAUCCCCGGUGCAAUCCCGAUAGGCGGACCCAUUAGACAAGGCGGUUUCCGACAGGGGAGAAUAUCUCCAGUACCCGGCGCGAUCCCCAGGUCAAGAAGGCCCGGCCUGGCCAGACCGUCUUUCAAAUCCGUGGACGCGUCACCACGACCCAGCCUUCAAUCACUAGAGGAGCCGGCAAAACCCGUUACAGAAGAGCCGGAAGAUGAAUAUGAAAUCAACACUCCGACUGCUUUCUCACCCAGCGUAUACUCCACGCCUGAACCACAAAACGAUUUCUACGACAUUACGACUACUUCUCAACCGAAACCACCGAUCAUUUUUAAUCCAUCGCCAUUCCCACAACCGACACCUACAGCUUUGAAACCAGAACCUGUGAGGCCUACACAAUACAGACCAUUGGCUCCCCAACCCUUUAACCCCAUAAGGAACGAGCCACUUAAUAAACCACAACCCGCUAGACUUCAACCUCUUUCUAGCAGACCACAGCGUCCUGUGUUCAGACCAGAACCUAAACCAUUCAUUGAAGAUGAAGAUGUCCAGCCCAUCAGAUACUCUAGGCCUCAGGAAACUAUUAACCGUGCUCCCGUAAAAAGCGCCCCUCAACAGAAAUAUACUCCAUCAAACUCCAGGGAGAAGAAACCCGUUGCCCAAAUUAUCCGUAAAUACAGAGAAGAAAACGAUGACGGAAGUAUUACAUGGGGUUUCGAGAACGAUGAUGGUUCUUUCAAGGAGGAGACGAUUGGCGUAGACUGUAUCACUCGCGGCAGAUAUGGAUACGUUGACCCCGACGGCCUCAAACGUGAAUACAACUACGAAACUGGUAUCCCGUGCGAUAAAGCCAAAGAGGAACAAGAGGAGAAGGGCUUUGUGGAUUAUCAGGAGAACAAAGCCGUUUUACCCAAUGGUAUUACAAUAGAUCUCAAUGCUAUGGGUAAGAAAACCAAGAGGCCAUUUAGAUCAACGGCCAAUCAUUAGAAUUUAAGUAUUGUAUAUUUAUUUUAGGGUGUAUAAUAUAAGAAAAGAUAUUUGUAAUGUCUUGUUGUGUACGAGUACGAGUAUAUGUGGUCUAGUAUUAAGACGUAACAUUUUUUCGUCAUCCAGCAGAACAUCUUAUGACGUCGCAGGAAAUGAGAUGUGACAUUAAAAUGAAUAAAACAUGACAAAAUUGUA